AAACUGGCACGAGUUGGGUGGGCGAAGGGGAUAAUGUUCUUUUCUGCCAAUCCAUACAACGGUGCUCCUUUUACAAUCUUUUAAAGGGCCAGUUCAGGAAUUCCUUGAUGCUCCCAAAAACGCACCCUUUUCUCAGCCCAACAGCAGCCUCGAAUGCAUGGCGUGGAAUCUCCAGCUCCUUGUCCUCUAUGCCCGAAGCCGAUCGCCGUUCCAUAUUACCACCGGCGGCGUAGCGUCAUCCUCCUUCAAUUCUCUUGACUCUAUUCGUAGGGUCUGUCUCGAAAUCGGCCCGAGUAACCGUUGCACUUUAGCAAACAAACCUUCUUCACUGCCCAAACCAUUUGCUGCUUAUUGAUACUGUCAAAGUGCAUUCCAAUGUCUAAAACAAACA